AUGUCGUAUUAUCCACCACAUCACCCGGGAACAGGAUCGUCCUAUCCGUAUAGCACCUAUCAUCCGCCGACUCCAGGAGCCUACUCAGCCACACCAGGGGCGUAUCCUACUACUCCCUACCAGUCGACGUAUCCACCUACGGCAGUAACUGGUUACGGUGGAACAUGGCCUUAUGCAUAUAGCUAUUACCCACCACAACAAUCUACACAAACGGCACUGAACGUGGCGAAACCUACCAUAGGUCCAGCAACUCCGGUGACCACUGCUGCUAUGCCCACCCCUGCGCCCCAAAGAUCGGCUCCAACUCCAGCAUCAUACACAUUCACGCCGACAUACACACGGGAGUCAGUUUUUGCUGCAUCUACCGGAGGUGCAGUUAGCCGAGGUGCGAGGAAGCAAUCGACGAUGAAAGGGUUGUUCACAAAAGAACUGAGAAAUCUGAUGUAUGGUUUCGGAGACGACCGCAACCCUGCCAAUGACACGGUGAAUGUCAUGGAGGAAAUAUUGAUCGAGUACAUCGUUGAUGUGUGCCAGACCGCUCUCACGCCUGGUAAGAAAUCCCGGUUGUCCAUUGAAGACCUCCGGCGUGCACUUUCAAGACCAGCGGAUGCGAAGAAACUUGCACGGAUGGAGGAGCUCCUAUUUAUGCAGGAAGAUAUCAAGCGUGCACGGGCACAAUUUGAGGAAUCGGACAUGAAUCAGGCUAGCUCAUUCCAGUCAUGA